UCAACUUGGAUGACCAACCAUGAACCUCUAUGAGUCACUCAGGCUAUGUGUUGAAGAGUGAGAUUCCAUGUGAACGUUAAAGUGUAACUUGGUUGCCUGCUUGAGCUUGAGCUUUGAUAAUGGCGGUUGGAAGGAUUGGUAGAGGCUUAAUGUCUCCCCUUAUAGCAGUGAACUUGGUGGUCCAUCUGAUCAUGCUUGGACUUGCUGGAUGGUCUCUUGAUAAGUACAUCAAUGGAGAGCAAAAUCACCCUCAUCUGGGAGGAAACCCAUCAACAAGCUUUGUGUUGAUCUCUGCAUUGAUAGCAGGGGUUGUUGCUUGUUCUAUGCUCAAUGGGUGGAUGCAUCUUCGGAUAUGGGGAACUGAUAGUCUAGCUGCUGCUUCUUCUUCAGCUAUCAUAGCCCAGGCUAUUAUUGCCCUCGCUUUCGGUUUCGUAUGUAAGGAGAUCAUAUUAGGUGGACACAGAGGAAAACGCUUGCAAACAUUGGAAGCUAUGAUUGCAAUAUCACUACUAAGUCAAUUGAUGUACCUGGUGCUUCUGCAUGCUGGGAUGUUUAAGAGCAGAUAUAGAUCAGGUGGAAUUGCCAUGGGUCAUCACCCCCGAACCACCGGCACGACAAUUGUUAUCUGAGACUUCUGUUCAUAUCGGAAGGUGUAGAUUAAAUGACACACUGUGUUUGUAUCAGUUUUUGUACGCAAGGACUUGCAUGAGUGUUCAUUGUGAAUUUUGCCAGUCAAUCCACCCAACUCAAAAAACCAAAGAAAAAAGCAUGCAGAACCCACUUUUUAUGAAA